AAGGCAGUUCCAAUGGACCUAGGCUAGGCCAGGCAGGCCUACUAACUGGUGCUUAAAGCUAGUCCUAACAGGACUGAGUAGAUCCUUGAACUCCAUGGUUCUCAUGGGAAUCCUCUGAUAUCAAAUCUCCUUCCCCUACCUGCUUCUCCUCUGAUCCUGUGGAGAUGAAAAUUGACAUCCAUAGUCAUAUUCUACCAAAAGAAUGGCCAGAUCUAAAAAAGAGAUUCGGCUACGGAGGCUGGGUGCAGCUCCAACACCACAGCAAGGGAGAAGCCAAAAUGAUGAAAGAUGGGAAAGUCUUCCGAGUGGUCCAAGAGAACUGCUGGGAUCCAGAAGUCCGUAUUAGAGAAAUGGAUCAAAAAGGAGUAACGGUGCAAGCUCUUUCCACAGUUCCCAUCAUGUUUAGCUACUGGGCCAAACCUCAGGACACUUUAGAUUUGUGCCAGUUUUUAAAUAAUGACCUGGCUGCCACUGUCGCAAGAUACCCCAGGAGAUUUGUGGGUCUGGGGACACUGCCCAUGCAGGCCCCUGAACUGGCUGUCCAGGAGAUGGAGCGCUGUGUAAAAGAGCUAGGCUUCCCAGGGAUCCAGAUUGGCUCCCACAUCAACGAGUGGGACCUGAAUGAGCAGGAGCUCUUUCCCAUCUACACGGCAGCUGAAAAGCUCAACUGCUCCCUGUUUGUGCAUCCCUGGGAUAUGCAGAUGGAUGGACGCAUGGCCAAAUAUUGGCUCCCUUGGCUUGUAGGAAUGCCUGCAGAGACCACCAUGGCUAUUUGUUCCAUGAUCAUGGGUGGAGUGUUUGAGAAGUUUCCUAAACUGAAAGUGUGUUUUGCCCAUGGAGGUGGUGCCUUCCCCUUCACAGUGGGGAGAAUCUCCCAUGGUUUCAGCAUGCGUCCAGAUCUGUGCGCCCAGGACAAUCCCACUAACCCAAAGAAAUACCUUGGCUCUUUCUACACGGACUCCUUGGUUCAUGAUCCUCGAUCCCUCAAGCUACUAACAGAUGUUGUGGGCAAGGAUAAAGUCAUUUUGGGAACAGAUUACCCCUUUCCACUAGGUGAGCUGGAACCUGGGAAGCUGAUCGAGUCUAUGGAAGAAUUUGAUGAAGAAACAAAGGAUAAACUCAAAGCUGACAAUGCUUUGACAUUCUUGGGUCUUGAGAGAAAACAAUUUGAAUGACUGGAUUCACCCUGACAGCAAACUUACAAGAAGAUAUUUCACUUUAAACAAAAUGUAUCAGUUCAUGCAUUACUAAAACCUGACUUUAAACUACCCCAAAAUGGAAUAUCCAUAAAUAUCCUAAAUUAUUCAUAACAAAAAUGAUUCUCAGGAGCUUUCAUUCUGAAAAGCAAGACAUUACUUGAUGUGCAAAUCAAACAUUAUUUUCCCAGUGUCUUUUUAAUUAAUCUAAAAGGGAUUGUUUUAAUGUCAAGGGCUUACUUAGGUAAAGAACGACAAUGGAUUGAUUUUAAAGGGCUCCUGUUGGUUCUCCAGUUUCAUCAAAGACAAUAAACUGGCACAAAUAAUUUGUUUAAUUCACUUUUAACAUUUUCCAUUAGCCAGAGCUGGGAUGGGAAUAGUUUAGCCUUCAUAAACAUAAAGGACAUUGAUAUACAAUACUCACAACCUCAAGGAACUUACAGCCCAAUUAAGCAAAUAGCAGAAAUACAUUGUAGUGAGGAAGGUUAAACUGCCAUUUGAGACCCAGUAGCCCACACCGUGUGGGAGGAAACAGAUGAUGAUUCAAACGCUUGAAUCACCUGCCACCCUGUGGGAGACCCAGAUGGAGUUCCAGGUUUCAGCCUGCCCCAACCCUGGUUAUUGUAGGCAUCUGGAGAGUGAACCAACAGAUGACAAAAUCUCUUCCUUUUCUCUCUGCCACACUGUCUUUCAAAUAAAUAUAAAUAAAUUUUAAAAGACAAGACAUGUAUUCAUAGAAUAAUUACUAACCAACACAGCAUGUGUACUAAAGCAAAAUAAGAAGAAUUUAUUUUGGUCUCAAAUUGUUGAGCAGAUCUUUAAAGAGAGUUUGAAAUUUGGGCUAAAUCUAGGAGGUUGAAGGUUUUUGUUAUUUUUUGUUUGUUUUGUUUUUGAGAGAGAGAUGAUAGUUGCAGGAUUACAGCUCAGGAAGUAGGAAGGAAAAACUAUAGAAUAGCUGUAGUUUCACACUCAAUGAGACUUACUCAUUUUGAAAAAAAAAAGUUGUGGCAUAUAUACUCCAUUUUAUCAGCUUUUUAAAAUUUAAUACACUAAGCAGAAUGUACAAAGUCAGUUACAGAGAGCAAGUAAAAUAAACA